AUGUGUGGCGGCUGUUGCAGUGACCAGGAAGCCUCCAGAAGAGAGCGAGACGAUCAUGGUCGCCGAGGGAAUGAGGAGCGAAAGCAGAGACACCCGUCGGAGCAGGAGCACAGGAGGGACAGAAGCGGGGACAGAGACAGGCACAGAGACCACGCAGACAGAAGGAAGAAUGCGAGCGAGCGGCCCGGAGUCCGAGGCCACGAGCGAGAGCGGGAUGUUCAGCACAUCCGUGAGCAGCAGGCAGAAAGGGAGUUUUAUAACGAGAGAAGGCGAGAGCAUCGACAAAAUAACGAAGGCGGUGGUGUUGACCAGAAUCCAGAACAUGGGCAAUCUGAUAACAAACCUAAAGAAAAAGCUGCUGUAAACAAGGAGAAGCCAAGCUUUGAACUGUCUGGCGCGCUUCUGGAGGACACCAACACUUUCCGCGGCGUUGUGAUUAAGUACAGCGAGCCCCCCGAAGCCCGGAUUCCGAAGAAGCGGUGGCGCCUCUACCCUUUCAAGAACGACGAGUUCCUCCCAGUCAUGUACAUCCACCGGCAGAGCGCUUACCUUCUGGGCAGGCACCGCAGAAUCGCAGAUAUCCCGAUCGACCACCCCUCCUGCUCCAAGCAGCACGCGGUGUUUCAGUACCGGCUGGUGGAGUACACGCGUGCCGACGGUACCGUUGGGCGCAGGGUGAGGCCCUACAUCAUCGACCUGGGCUCCGGGAACGGCACUUUUCUGAAUAACCAGCGGAUUGAACCUCAGCGUUACUACGAACUCAAGGAGAAGGACGUGCUGAAGUUUGGGUUCAGUAGCAGGGAGUACGUUCUUCUCCACGAAUCUUCAGAUAAAUCUGAGGCCAACACAAAGGACGAUGACGACGAUGAGGAAAAGGAGGAGGAGUCUGACAGUUAACAGAUGAGGAGGAAACUGGGGGGGGCAGGGGGGAGAAUUUCUUUGCAGUGGGACACGCUGGGAUG